AUGAUUUCUCUCAUCGACCUGCUCAGUCCUCGGUAUGCGCCCAUCCAACGCGUUCUCCUCGAUCAUCUCAAUCCGGGUGCCAUCGCAAGGCUUACCUGUACCUGCAAGGCCUUCGGCUCUUUGUGGCCGACGCUUGUAGCUUCUGACUACAACAUCAACUACAAACUCCGGCAUUUCUUCAAAGACCCUCGGGAAUUUCGGUCCGUCCAAGGAGAAUGCGGCGCUCUUCUGGAUGAUUUCAGCCAGGAGUUCACCACUGAUGGCCGCUUAAGCUUCAUUGCGCGCUCGAAACACGAGUGGGAUUCGCGGACCUGGAUACUUGAUCUCGACACCACGGGCGUCUCGGCGCCUAAGCAGCCUGAUACCAUCUAUGAGUCAUCGACAUUCGAGCUCCGACGAAGUUCUGCACCGUACAUAUUCACACAUAAGGGGGAGUUGCUGGGCACCAAGGAGUAUCCGAGAUAUGAUCUGCUAUAUGAGAACCUCAGCCAUGCAGUCCUCAAGUAUCGGUACCUGAUACCACCAGGUACUGGCCCUUCGAUAAUGAAUAAGAAAUGCGAUGUUAUUCUCAAGAAGUUGGAUCGCUUGACGAAACUUGAGCUGGAGAAGAUUCCGGAAGCAGAGCGUCCGUCGACAUAUUACGAAUUUGAAAGAGGAGAAUGUAAAGCUAUGCACGUGCGAGAUAGGUUCACGCGUGAGGGGUUCACGCUCCCAGCCACAUGGACAUUCUACGACGAGGAGAUUCUGGCGGAUUUGAAUGAUGCAUGGGAGAGUCGCGACGAGGUUUGGGUCCAGGAUGAAGGCCAGAAGACAGCAGAACGCGAACAUGAAGCGGAGGGAGUGGCCGCGAGCGACGAGAACAACGUCGGCGGUCUAGGUGACGCAGCUAUAACUGAUGGAUGA